AUGGAUGAUGAAUUAAAUGUAACAUAUAUAACUCUUGGUGGGUAUGUGGAAAUGGGAAACUAUAGGUAUUUGUAUUUUUGUAUUAUGUUUAUAGUAUAUAUUCUAGCAAUGACCUUUAAUUUGACCAUUGUGUACCUUAUUGGGAUACACAAGAACCUCCAUGAGCCGAUGUACAUUUUCAUUGCAGCGUUGCUACUGAACUCUAUUGUUUACAACACUGUUAUGUACCCAAAGUUGUUGAGUGACUUUUUAUCUGAAAAACAGAUUGUAUCAUAUUCAGCCUGUCUCUUUCAAUUUUUUGUAUAUUAUACCUUAAGUGCUUCAGAUUUCUUCCUGUUGGCAGCCAUGGCCUAUGACAGGUUUGUAUCUAUCUGUAAACCUCUGCAAUAUCCAACUAUCAUGAGACAAACCACAGUGAUUAUUAUCCUGGUUCUAGCUUGGCUUGUGCCUGUUUGUGAGAUGGGAGCCUCAACAAUAGCGAUUACUAAGAAAAAACUCUGCAAUUUAAAUUUAAAAAACAUUUUUUGUAACAAUUCAAUUUACAAACUCUUCUGUGUGAGGUCAAUAGCACUAAAUAUAUAUGAUAUGUUUGCUAUGCUAAACAUGGCACUGUUGCCUUUGCUCUUCAUACUGUUUACAUACGCAAGAAUACUCAUAAUAUCCUAUCGAAGUAGUAAAAAUGUCAGGAAAAAAGCUGCACAUACUUGUUUACCCCAUCUGAUAGUUUUAAUCUGCUUUUCCUGUUUGUGUGCAUAUGAUGUCAUUAUAAUUCAACUGGAAUCUGAUUUACAUUUCAUAAUGACUUUACAAGCGUUUUUGUAUUAUCCUCUCUUCAAUCCAGUUAUAUAUGGACUAAAAAUGAAAGAAAUCUUUAAACACUUGAAGAGGUUGUUUAGUCAAGCCAAAGUAAAGUAA